AGUCGUACUAGAUUGAAAAUACUUUUAACAAAUGUUAUAUUAAGGGUCGUACUAACAGUCGUACUAAAAUGAAAGGAAUACACAUGCUGGUGAUUUUAGUUGGUCUAACUUUUGUUAGCGUCUCUCUUUUUAUGUAUUAUUCUCAUUAUCAACAAAAUCACGAAAUUAUAAGAUAUAAUGAAGAAGUCCAUGUCAAGAAAACAUAUGUUGCCAAGGAAACGUCUCGUCUCAACGGCAGAUUUGAUUUUAAGUCUAAAACCAAUAAGGAAUCUCACAUCGAGGAAUCUAAGAAGGAAGUAGACGAAGUAAAAGAAGUUUAUAAUGUAGGUCCCAUAAAAGAUACAAAUAAAUGGAUAAUUGUUACAAGUAUUGCAUCUCCUACACAGGAUAUAAAAAGUUUAGCAAAAUUGACUGAAUGGCAGCUGCUGGUUGUUGCUGAUACAAAGACUCCUAAAGACUGGCAUUUAGAUGGGGUUAUUUUCCUUAGUGUAGACGCACAGAGAACCCUUGGCUACAAAAUUCUCGAACAUAUACCAUAUUCUAGCUACGCCCGCAAGAAUAUAGGAUAUCUUUAUGCAAUACAGCAUGGAGCCAAAGUUAUUUAUGAAACAGAUGAUGACAACCAUCCAACCGAUGGCCUGAAAGGUUUCAUAACUACUGACAAGAUGUUUGGCGUCGUGCCAUCAACAAACACCACACUAUUUAACCCAUAUGCUUAUUAUGGGCAGCCAACGACAUGGCCAAGAGGAUAUCCCUUAGAAAACAUCGGGGACAAUAUUACUAGUGAGUACAAUGCAGUGCACUGGAACACAGCCCUAAUACAACAAGGAGCAGUUCAUGGUGACCCGGAUGUAGAUGCCAUCUAUCGACUAACACGCAAAUCAAAUUCAAAUUUAUUAAACCUAACUUACGAUGAUUUUAUGCCGCCAUUGAUUUACCCAAAAGGCACAUUUGUUCCAUGGAAUUCCCAGAAUACUUUAUUCCGCUAUGAUGCAUUCUGGGGCCUCAUACUCCCCGUAGCCGUGACAUCCCGUGUAACUGAUAUAUGGAGAAGUUAUUUCACACAGACCCUUCUUUGGCUUAUUGAUGGUCAUUUAAGUUAUAUGCCCCCGAAUUGCUACCAGUUCCGGAACUAUCACUCGUACAUAGAUGAUGCAAAACAAGAAGAAAAGCUGUACUACCAAGCUGGCGAACUUGUAAAGUUUUUAUCUAGUUGGAAAUGUGAAUCAAAUAUCCUUUCUUUGUGUAUUCAAAAUCUAGCAGAUGCUAUGGCACACAAAGGAUUUUGGGAAAUUGCCGAUGCUAGCCUGAUUGGCGCAUGGUUAGAAGAUCUUGCUAAUAUUGGAUACAAGUUUCCGGUUAUUGAAAAAGAACAACUUGUUGAACCUGUUGACUUUUCGAUAACUCUGAAGUCGGAUAAUCGUUUCCCCUUGUCGCUUCCUUCAAAUCCAAAAUUGAUCUAUAAUGGACAAAGAAAAUCAAAGAUCAAACGCCUACUCUACGACACAUGCUACAUGUCUAACUCCUCAAAAUAUAGACAGCUCAUUAAGAAGCCAUCUACACAACCAAACCCAAUUUUAUUGUUGGUUAUAUUUAACACGCCAGUUUAUGAGAGUAUUCCAUACUUAGAAGCACUUUAUGAUGGUCAUUUUGCAAAGACUAUUUAUUGUGGACCAGAAAAGCCACACAAUUCUAUUCUUUACGAGUGGGAAAUAAAUUUUAUAACAUUUAAUAACCCACUUAAUCAUGUAUCGGGUAGUUCAAACUAUGAGUGUUUACUGAAGGUCCUGAAACUGGGAUUAAGAGUGCAAGGGGUCUUAACUAUCGCUGAUGACGCAUUUAUGAAAGUCAAAGCAAUCACCAAGCUACCUUUAGAUGAGAUUUGGUUUAACACGAUAAAUUUCCAGUCAGUAGAACAAUUCGCAAAAGUUGUUGAAGACACCUCGACAAUUGACCCGAUGGAGCCAUUCAUAUUGAAAAACAAUCCGUACGAAAUCACAUCAGUGGAAAAUGGUAACAUUUCAACGUGCAACAAUUCAAACUUGCAAGGCAAAUGUGAAAUCAUCACUCGAAGCAUGUACUUCAAAAUGUAUGAAACAAAUAUCAAAAAUGCAUUUGAUGAGCUUUACCAAUUACAAAGCUCGAACAAACUAAUUCAAAGAUUUCUUGAUGAUCUCUCUAAACAUUUGUUCGGCAUCAAAAGAAUGAUAUGGCAGGCCUCGGAUAUGUACUACAUACCAAAGAAACAUUUUGAGACAGCCAUACCCAUUUUGGAUGUCUUUAACAGCCAUAAGAUAUUCCUUGAACUUGCAGUUCCGACCCUACAACAUUCCUUGGGAAUAAAGUACAGCAACAUGGGUAAGGCGGCAUAUAACUGGGACUUUGGUGGAACACGUGAUAAGCCAUGGUUAAUAUUCUCGUCAUUUUUGAACAGUUCGCUUACAUUCCUACAUCCUGUGAAACUAAGUGGCAUAGCAAAGAAGGAAAGUGAAAUCACCGAAAUGUUCUGUGGCGCUAUGAAUAGCAAGCACUUUACGCAUCCUUUUGAAAACGAAUCCUAAAAUUGAAAAGGCCAGCAUGAUUUAUAAACAUCUUUAUGCAGUUAAAAUACACUCGUUUAUCUCAAUCCAAAAAGAAAUAUUGUACUUGUUUAUGAAUUCGAA